AUGUCAGGCUCGGGUGAUUCUCCUCCAAUCAAUCACCAAGGCAUGCCUCAAGGUUUGGGAAUUACUUCUAAUCAAACCAGUGGUCGUGCUACGCCUAUGGAUUCCCUUGGUGGUACAAAUACAGGCUCUAGAGUCAACAAUACUAGAAUUCAAGCAAGUCAACAGAUGCAGCAACAAGAUGGCGCCAACAAUCCUAAUUUCGGACCAGGAAAUACCCUGACGCAACAGCAGAUAGGAAUCAAUAUGCUGCACCAACAUCGAAUCGCACAACAGCAAGCUCAAACUUUACAAAGUCAGUAUCAUCAAAUGGAGCAGGAUCGAGCACAGCAACAAUUACAACAGCAGCGGUAUGCGGCACAGCAACAAAUGCAGCGAAAUCAAGCACAGCAGCAACGACUACAACAGCAGCAUGCUGGCCAGUCGCAAGCAUUUCAACCAGCACACAUGCUGUCAGAAGAUAUCGCCAGCUCGAGCCCGACUGCGAUGAGACUAAACGGUGGACAAAUAGAACCUGCAUUCCGACAACUUUUCACCAUGCCCCCCACACAUUUCAGCAUGAAGAAUGGAAGGCCAAAUACCUUUGCUCCUACCGCCUCAACUAACGCACAACUUCGAGUACCUGUUCAACAACCAGAGCAGAAAGAGGAGGAGGAGGAGGAGGCCGGUUAUGAAUCCACUCGUCUCAGUCUCAGCAUCGAUUCCCCCCUGACUAUCACUGGUGAUGACAACAUAGUCACUUUCCACCCUGCCCCACAAGUCCAAAAAAUCACAGAUGCAAUCCUCCAAUCUCUAAAGGCCGCGUCUGAAGGAUCACGCGGUAUUCCAAUGGGCGAUGCUGAUGGUCAACCCAGGGGAAUCAGAGUUGAAAUUAGCGCUGCUGUGACGGUCAAUGGAAAGCAUAAUAUUCUAGGAGAAGAAGCUGUUAAGAUCUGGGGACAAAAAGUCAAAGGUGACGCACUGGCGGCACAAACACAGGCACAGAGAAUGUUGGCACAGGCUCAUGUCCAAUCUCAAGCUGCUGCGCAUGCUCAAGCACAAGGACAAGGACAAGGACCGAGGAGUGAAACAGCAAGUAUGGAGGCAGCUGUGCAUAGAAACGCUCAGGAAGCUUUUGCACAAGCCCGCCAACAAGCACUUAUUACCCAGAGACAGAUACAGAAUGAGACAUUGGCGCAGAAAAAGGAAGUUCCAAGCCCACAUGAAUCAUUCCAGAUGAGUGGAGAUGGAAAUGAGAGUGCACGAGGUCAAGCUCCCGCACAGUGGGGUCUGCCGUUACAAGAUCCUACCCAGCAGCAACAACCAAAAGCACAAGAAGGAAGAGCACAACCACAAAUGGGUAUUUUCCCUGCUGGUCCUUCCAAAGAUUUUGGCAAGAGAGCUAGAGAAUCCAGCGUUAGUAGACACGACGAAGAGGCCAAUAAGAAAACGAAGAUGGAUAUGUAG